AUGGUAGAAAAGUCAGAGGACCCAAAGCACAUGAUGCCCACAGAAUGGAAGUCCAUGUGGAAGACUGCCGAGGAGAGGAAAAUGUUGGACCUCACCCGGGUGUUGGAGUGGAUGGAGCGGAGGCAAGGCAAGAAGAAGAACGCUCCCCAGAAGCAGAAAACCAAGCAGGUGCCGAAGCUCCCUGAAGAAAAGGUGAAGGAACAAAAGAAAGCAAAAGGCAUCCUGAAACCGCGGGGAGGGAACCGCCAGACCACACUGAAAAAGUCCAAGAAAGAGGGGGAUCCUGCCACACACCGAAGGCUCUACACAGUGGAGACAAAGGGAAAACGCCUCAGCAUGUCCCCCAGCAACUACUCCAGGAAAUCUGAUAUAGACAUCAAGGAUGUGAUUGCCCUCGAGUCCACUCAGCGGUCAAACUCAUACCGUUGACAAAACAGCUUCGAGCCCUUAUUACCAGAAAGUUUCUUCACCAGCCGGAGGGCCACCUCCUCUAGAGACUGGAUAGUCAAGAUCCCUGAGACUGCCUAUGAGCACAAGCUGAAAAGCCUCAUGGAGAAGGGCACUGAACCCAAGAUAGAGACGGUCAGGAUGCUGAAGCCAGAGGAGGUGCUGAGCUGCCAAUACCUGAGGCUGUCCAAGAACAACAUUCGGACCCUGCUGAAGCUGUGCAAGGAUGCAGGAAUGAACGUGGAAAUCCACCCCCACAUGGUUGAAGGAGAGAUAGACGCUAGAAAGGUGUUCACCCGGAGCCCCAGCAUAGCCCUCUAA